CGUCCUCCUCGCCCUCUAGGCCACCCAGGUUCCGCCAGACCCCAGCUACUCGGUCUACGCGCCGCCUCCGCCAUGCUGCCAUCCGCGCUGCUCCGCCGCCCGGGCCUGGGUCGCCUCGUGCGCCAGGCUCGCGCCUACGCCGAGGCGGCGGUCGCCUCGGCCCCCGCCGCGGGCCCGGGACAAAUGUCUUUCACCUUCGCCUCACCCACGCAGGUCUUCUUUAAUGGCGCCAACGUCCGGCAGGUGGACGUGCCCACGCAGACGGGAGCCUUCGGUAUCCUGGCAUCCCACGUGCCCACCCUGCAGGUCCUGCGGCCAGGGCUGGUCGUCGUCCAUGCUGAGGAUGGUACUACCUCGAAAUACUUUGUGAGCAGCGGCUCGGUCACAGUGAACGCUGAUUCAUCAGUUCAGUUACUGGCUGAAGAGGCUGUGACAUUGGACAUGCUGGACUUGGGGGCAGCCAAGGCAAACUUGGAGAAGGCACAUUCGGAGCUGUCAGGGGCAGCAGACGAGGCUGCGAGGGCUGAGAUCCAAAUCCGAAUCGAGGCCAAUGAAGCCCUGGUGAAGGCCCUGGAGUAGACGAGACCUGUGCUCCCCACUGCCGCCUCUGGACAGCUUGUCCCCGGUCUGCACCCCAUUAAAGACCAAGGACCCCA